UAGCUAGCGAUCAAACCGCGAGCUCUACCACAUCCAUUCCUCUUCACACAGCGCGCGCCACCAUGCAGGUCACCGCUGUGUGCACCGACCCGUUCGUGAUAUGCUGCACCUUCAUGUGCCUCUUACUCCAUCUAGCGCUCCGCUCCCUGAACCCCAACUCGGCCUCCGGCCGCCGGCUUCCACCGGGACCUCGUGGCGUCCCUGUUCUCGGCGCGCUGCCGCUGAUCGGCCCGGCCCCUCACUCCGGUCUCUUGACGCUGGCGCGCAAGUAUGGUCCGGUCAUGUACCUGAGGAUGGGUACCUGCGGCGUGGUGGUGGCCUCGUCGCCCUCGGCCGCACGGACGUUCUUGAAGGCGCUGGACGAGCGGUUCGCGAACCGGCCGGCGGUGGCCAGCGCGGAGGACAUGUCGUACGGGUGCCAGAACAUGGUGUUCGCCAACUACGGGCCCAAGUGGAAGCUGAUGCGGAAGCUGUCGAGUGUGCACCUUCUCGGGGCGCGCGCGGUGGCUGACUGGGCGGCCGUGCGCCGCGACGAGGCCGGGUGCACCCUGCGUGCCGUCCUGGAGGCCGCGGAAGCCGAGCGACCCGUCGUCGUGCCAGAGAUGCUCGUGUGCGCGCUUGCCAACAUCGUGGGAAGGAUCACCGUGAGCAAGCGGGUGUUCGACACGCAGGGUGACGAGUCCAACACCUACAAGGAGAUGAUCGUGUCGCUCCUCACCGGCACGGGGCUCUUCAACAUCAGCGACUUCGUGCCGGCGCUGUCGUGGCUGGACCUGCAAGGCGUGCAGGCCAAGCUGCGCCGGAUCCAUAUCCAGUUCGACGGGCUCGUCACCAAGUUGCUGGCGGAGCACGCCGCGACGGCCGAGGACCGUCUCCGGGAGGGCCGCCUGGACUUCGUGGACAAGCUCCGUGCCAUCAACGACGAGGAGGGGGGCGAGAUCAUCACUGAGGUCAACAUCAAGGGCCUCAUCACUGACAUGUUCACGGCAGGCACGGACACGUCGUCGAUCAUUGUGGAGUGGGCAAUGGCGGAGAUGAUCAAAAGCCCGUCUAUCAUGGCACACGCCCAAGAGGAGAUGGACCGUGUCAUCGGUCGUGACCGCCGCCUCGAGGAAUCCGACAUUGCCAACCUCCCCUACCUGCAAGCCAUAUGCAAUGAGGCCAUGCGCCUCCACCCCUCCACGCCGCUCAGUCUCCCGCACUUCUCCUUUGAGGAGUGCGAGGUCGAUGGACACCAUGUCCCUGCCAACACGCGGCUCAUCAUCAACAUCUGGGCCAUCGGGCGGGACCCGGCCGCAUGGGAGGAUCCCUUGGAAUUCCGGCCAGAGCGGUUCCUAUCCGGGCCGGCGGCCAAGAUCGACCCGAUGGGGAACAAUUUCGAACUGAUCCCGUUUGGCGCCGGUAGAAGGAUAUGCGCUGGGAAGCUGGCUGGAAUGGUGUUUGUGCAGUACUUCCUGGGAAUGCUGGUGCACGCAUUUGAGUGGCGGCUGCCAGACGGAGAGGAUAAGGUGGACAUGGCUGAGACCUUCGGGCUGGCACUGCCCAAGACCGUCCCGCUCAAGGCCGUCGUCAAGCCGCGGCUUGUGCCUGCCGCAUACACAUGAUUGUUCGUGUCUCGGAAGUUCUAGACGAUCGCCUCGCUCGGUGUAGUGUAUUAUGUUUGUGGUGACCCAAGCUUUGUGUUGCAUGUGUACAUACAUACUUUAGUCACUUCGUACAUUUACCUUCCUUUUUUUUUGUGCUUGUACAUUUACCUUCCUCACAGAAUAAAACAUGUGCCUACAUUAGUUAGUCAAAA